AUCAUCUAGUCUGAGCUCGGUGCAUCCCCUAGAAACAUCCCGGUGCCCCCGGGGGCAGGGCCAGGCUCCUGCCCUGUGCAUGGGGCUGCCCUCAGCAUCCUUUGCCAGUGCCUGGGGCAGGGGCCGGUCCCUGGGAGCCGGGCAGCCCUGCUCUCUGCCGGGUGGGCUCAGCGGGACUCCCGGAAAUCACCCCUCCCGCCCGCUGCCAGCCCCACGCAGGCUGGGCCAGGCCCGGGAGCUGCUGGAGGGGCAGGAAACGGUGCUGCAGACACGGCCCUGGCACAGCGCGGUCCCGGCGCUCUGCCAGCGUAGCCCCAGUGCCUGGGCUGCAGCCACAGAAGGGGCCGGACCAUCAGGGCAGGACCGUGCCCAGCCCCGGUGCUGGACAGUCUUCCGUCCCCCGGGGGCGGGAUGCUGGGCACAGCUGGGGCGCGGGGGUGGCUUUUUCACACCCUGACCGAGGUAGCCAUGUCAACCUGCCUUUUAAGGGUAGACCAGGCCUGUGGGUGCCCAGGUGCCGGAGUCCCCCCGUCUCCAGGGUCGGGGAGCUCUCUGACAUCCAGCCCUGCUCCCAGAACUCCUUGGACCUGGGGGCUGAUGGGGCAUUGUGCUAAACGAAUCGUAACGAAUAACGAAGUGAUCCCACUGGCCGAGUUCGAAACCUCCUGAGUUCUGGGGGCUCUGCCUCUUCCUGGGGACCUGCGAAUGUUUUAAAACCGGUUUGUUGUGGCCUCUGUGUCUUUAUGAUGCACAAAGAAUUUUGUACGUUAUCGUUCUGCUUGUUUUUCUGUUGGAACGAGGGGCUGGUCUCCCUGGGGGUCUCUGGCUGACCGGAGAGCGUCCAGACUGACUGCCCGAGUGGGGAGCGCUGAGCCUUGGGGUGAGCGUAGGGUAAUAAACCAGACCGACCUGCUAGAUCGGGCAUUAGAGGUGCCCUGCGAGCGAAGCCCGGCUAAGAAGGGGGCAGUGGCUAUUUAAAACACAGUGGAGUCUGUUUUUGUGGUGCCGGCACCUGUUUAACUCCAGUGCCCAAGGAGGACUUGCGAGAAAAGCUCUCUGAGCUAAAGUUUGGCUCAGUGCCACCUGCCCUUCCAGGAGAGGCUGAGAAGCUCAUGCCACGUUUCUCAGUCCGCCCAAAGAUCAGGGAAGAGGAGACUUGAUAUUCCUGACGUAGCUGUAAGGUAAAAAACAAGCAGACCCCUGACCCCUUCCUGUUCUGUUCUAGUCUCUCUGCCCUUUAUGCAUCAUGAGAAAGGGCAGAAGUCCAAUUUUUUCCGCUUUGCAGAUUUGCACCUUUAAGUUUAGCCCGAGUGAGCCUGCUGCGAACUCUCUCCCCUGGGAUCUCUCCCUCCCCUGCAGCUGCAUGUUCUCAUCUAGACACCGGCCGGGCGGGUCUGCGUGCCGGCCGGGCGGGUCUGCGUACCGGCUGGGUUGAUCAGGGGCUACUCUCAGCCAGGCACAGACCAGGGCUGGACGCGGUAAUUGGCAGUAUUACGGUGACGCUCUAAUGGCCCUAGAUCAGCGUCCCAUUGUGGUGGGCUCUGGAUAUACCCAGAGUCAGAGACAGCCCCUGCCCCAAGGUGCUUAUAGGCAAAUCUAAAUAACCCAGACAAAGGUAGGGAGGAGGUAAGAGUUAACCUCCCAUUUGGCCACUGGAGAUACUAAGUGACGUACCCAGGGUCACACGAGGAGUCUGUGGCAGAACCAGGCACCACCCCAGGUCCCCUGAGCGCCAGCCCACCCUGUGCCCACCAGGCCAGCCUUCCUGAGCAGUUGCCCCACCCCUCAUAGGACAAGCUCAGGACACCCCCAGGCUUGAAGCCACAUGGGGCUGGUUCGCAGAAGAUCAGAGAUAGAACCUGUCUUGGGGAAGAUAAAGGGAGGUGACUCAAACGGCCGUGGGGCCCUAGGCUGGGGGCGGUGAGUGGGGCAGCUUGGAGGACGUGACCAUGUACGGUGCCCACAGACUCCCCUCCCGCCUGCCCCCAUUGAGGAUGGUGGAUAAAGAUGCCACUGAAUCCGUAGGUCCCGAAUGGGGACUCUUCUUGUGUUUCAGGCCCUGGUGUCAUUCGAGGACGUGGCAGUCUAUUUCUCCCCGGAGGAGUGGGCGGCGUUAGCCGAAUGGCAGCGGGAGCUGUACCGGGACGUGAUGAUGGAGAAUUACGAGCUCAUCGCCUCGCUGGGUUCUGCAGGCCCCAAACCGGAAAUGAUCUGUAAAAUGGAGCGAGGGGAAGAGCCACACGCCACCGCUCCCCCGGGUGAGAGGGACAGAGGAAUCCUGGACGCCCCCAGCACAGCUGGCUGGGGAAGGCGUGUCAAGGAGGAGCUGUCUGUGGAGGGCUACAACGACCAGUGGGUGCCACACACGUCGCUGGCCGGGGAAGCCGAGGGGUUUGUGCUGGAAUAUCCUGCCCUGUGGUGCGAGGUGAAGCAGAAGGACCUGGCGGGAGACGCCCCCCAGCAAUCCCCGGAGUGGGAGGGGAGGGACGGUGUAUUCCUGGGCGGCACACUGGCCAUGAUCCACCCGGGGAGCGAGGGCCCCCUCAUCUGCUGCGAGUGCGGGAAGAGCUUUGAUGACGAGGCCUCACUGAGCGCCCACCAGCGCCUGCACCCAGGCGCCGGGCCCCACGAGUGCCAGGCCUGCGGGAAGAGCUUCCGUCACCGCCGCAACCUCUUGACGCACAAGAAGCGGCGGGGGAAGAGCCGGCACGCCUGCACCGAGUGCGGGAAAAGCUUCUGCCUCAAGGGCGACCUGCUGCGGCACCGGGCGGGGCACGCGGGCGAGGGCGGGCACGCCUGCAGCCUGUGCGGGGAGAGCUUCCGCCACAAGAGGAACCUGCUGGCCCACAGGAAGGAGCACGUCGGGGACACGCCCCACCGGUGCCCCGAGUGCGGGCAGAGCUUCGGCGACCCGGCCAGCCUGGCCCAGCAUGAGGCGGCGCACCGCGAGGAGAGGCCCUUCGUCUGCGCCCGCUGCGACCGCAGCUUCAGCUGGAAGGAGAGCCUGAUGAUCCACCAGCGCAGCCACCCGCAGGAGCGCUCCCACAAGUGCGCCGACUGCGGCCGCAGCUUCAGCCGCAACGGGAACCUCCUCAUGCACCAGCGGGUGCACACCGGGGAGCGGCCCUACGCCUGCCCCGAGUGCGACCGCACCUUCUGCAACAAGGCCAACCUCAUGGCCCACCGGAAGCUGCACCGGCGCUUCAAGCCCUACGCCUGCACCCAGUGCGGGAGGAGCUUCAGCUUCAAGACCAAGCUGCUCCUCCAUCAGAGGGCCCACGGGGACGAGCAGAACUGGGACUCGGCGGUGCUGCUCUGUUUGCAGCUGGACAAUGCUGUGAUCAGGCCCGUCACAGCCCGGGGGAAUCCGAGUCCCGCGCGGCCGGGCUCCCAGCGCCCCCAGCCCGGCGCUGCGCUGGGAACCCUGCGCCCUGGCCCCGCGUCCCGGCGAGGUGCGCGCGUCCUGCGCCCCUGUUGCGCCCCGGCGCAGCUCGUGUCCACGCGCGGACUACGGCUCCCAGGAUGCAGCGGGCGCGGAGCCCUUUGUCUCUGCCCCUGCCGCGGCCGAUCGGGCCGGAGAAGUUCCCGAGUCGGCGGCCAUAGGGGAGCCGGGCGCAGCGCAGCGCAGCGGGCCCCGGUGGACGCGGAAAGCCCGUCUCCGAUGGAGCGAGGGGACAAGCUGCGUGUGGGCGAGCGCAGGGAGAGGAGAGAGAGGGGAAUGCCGGACGCCUGCGGCACAGGUUCUGCUGACGUCAGACCCCAGGUGUUUAUUAAAACGGAGCAGGAAGAGGAGCCAUGCACGGGGGCGCCCCCAGAGCAGAGAGAGGGGGGAAUUCUCCGUGCCCCCAGCACAGGCGCAGGCUGGCCUGACGUGAAGCAUGAGAUUGUGGUGAAAGUGGAGCCAGACGAUGAGUCAUAUGUGGGGUAUCCCCAGGGUUUGGGGGACCGAGACCUCCCCGGCUACCCCAGCACUGGUAUCAAAGCGGAGAUCGUGGUCAAAACGGAGCCCGAGGACGACUCCUACGGCGAGUGUGCCCAGCAUUACGGUGAAGGAGACAGUCCCGACGACCCCUUCUGUGAUGCAAACCCAGAGAUUAUCGUGAAAGUGGAGCCGGACGAUGAGUUGGCCAUUGGUUAUCCCCAGGGCCUGAGCGAAGGCGGAAUUCCCGGCUACCCCAGCCCAGCAGGCGAUGGGAGCAGAGGUGCCGGCGAGCGGGAGCGCCCCGGGGAAGAGUCUGAGGAUGUGAAACCGAACAGGGCUUUGCUGAUGAGAGGCUUAGAGGCGGCUUCCUCGGGCUUGCUCAGGACAGAACCCAGCAUUAAUCACUGGAAAGUGCAACACGCCCAGGGAAACAUCGCUGCGCUCCAGAGAAACGCGGUGGCUCCGGAGGGGCCGCAGACAGCCCCUGAGCCCAAGGGAAAGGGGCCAACGGUCCCGACAAGCAACCCCAGCCAGAAAUCCCUUUCGGCCUCUGACCGCGGGGGGGCCGUAGCUGCCAGCACCGAGCCGGCGAAACGCCCGCGAGCCCACGCUGCCGAGCGGCCGUUCACGUGCACAGAGUGCGGGAAGAGCUUUCAGCACCGGGGAAACCUCAUCACUCACCUGCGGGUGCACACGGGUGAGAAGCCCUUCACCUGCACCGAGUGCGGCAAGAGCUUCAGCCAGAAGGGCGACCUGAUGCGACACCAGCGCAUCCACACGGGCGAGAAGCCCUUCGAAUGCAACGUGUGCGGGAAGAGCUUCUGCUCCAAGCAGACCUUCAUCCUGCACCAGCGCAUCCACACCGGCGAGAAGCCCUUCUCCUGCACCGAGUGCGGCAAGUGCUUCAACCGCAAGGCCAACUUCAUCACCCACCAGAAGAUCCACCGCGGGGAGCGCCCCUUCGUCUGCGCCGAGUGCGGCAAGGGCUUCUGCGCCAAGAAGACCUUUAUCCUGCACCAGAAGAUCCACAUCGGGGACCGGCCCUUCGGCUGCUCCGAGUGCGGCAAGAGCUUCAGCCGCAACGGGGAUCUGACCCGGCACCAGCGCAUCCACACCGGGGAGCGGCCCUUCGCCUGCGCCGACUGCGGCAAGUGCUUCAGCCACAACGGGGAGCUGAUCAAGCACCAGCGCAUCCACACCGGCGAGAAGCCCUUCACCUGCACCGAGUGCGGCAAGAGCUUCAACCGCAAGGGCACCCUCAUCACCCACCAGCGCAUCCACACCGGGGAGCGCCCCUUCGUCUGCGCCGAGUGCGGCAAGACCUUCAACCUGAAGACCACGCUGAUGAAGCACAAGCGGAUCCACACGGGGGAGCGGCCCUUCACCUGCGUGGAGUGCGGCAAGAGCUUCAAGUACAAGGGCAACCUGCGGACACACCACCUCACCCACACGGUGGAGCGGGUCUACCCCUGCACCGAGUGCGGGAAGAUCUUCAGCCACAAGAAGGAGCUGACGGUGCACCAGGCCGUCCACACGGAGGAGAGACUCUUGUCCUGCUACGGAGACGGGGAGUCGUUCAACCCCUUCCUCCAGAUGCACCCGCUCCUACUGUCUGUGCCCCAAGCCAAGUGCCUCUGGAAGCCGUAACGCCAUGUACAUAAGGCGGGAGUUACAGAAAUGCUACGUCCCCUGAGCAGGAGCAGAGGAGGAACAAUGCUGUAAUUUAGGAUUUGGACAUGCCGUGGUGCUGUACAGUGUGCUGAUGAAAUAACCGGCUCCCUGCCACAGGGAGCAACCAGGCUGAAGGCCUGCGCUGACGAACCAACCGUGCAUCCCUAAGGAAAACCCAACUGCACAUUCCCUACACAACGCAGCUCCAGUUCAAAUGCAAACGCAGGCUCGAGUCUUGCCCUGAAGGAUGCCAAAGCUGUUGUACUAAUUCCAUUUGCUGGGUGGGAAAUACCCCCAGAGGUGCUAGAGAGAACGUCUGACAUGGGGGAUGGGAGAUUUCUGGGAAGGGACCUGUGGUUUAUGGAGCAGCGCUUGGAAAUGACACGGCCUGGGUUAACCGAUGUGGGAUCUACGUCUUACUACUGAGAGGAGCUGUCGGUGCUGGCAGGACUCUCCAGCCGGUUCCUGUGUGGAGCAAACAUAGCAGCGGUGUUCUGGCGAAGGCCAGUGGUUUCUCAGGGUGGGGGGUGCUGUGCUGUGUGGUGGUGUUAGGUCAGGCUCAGUGGGUACUUGGGGGGUGGGCGAGGCUUUGCUACUGCGCUGUGGUUAUGGCUUAUGCCAGCAGCUCCUCAGUGGAACUACUGGACAGACCUGACGGACGGCGCCUGUUCCAGCCGGGCCGGUGACAGUCUGGGAAAUGAAAGAAAAUCUCAGUUGAGUGUGGACUUGAGAACUCCAGGUGCAAGGCCCUGGAGCAAUAAUUACUGUAGUGCUGUUUACUCUCUCUUCUCUUACUGACUCUAUUUACCCACCAGGAGUGUGCACUGGGCUUCACAACCGAGUACGGCCUGAUCCCUGACCUGAGAGGUGACCAUCUCACGGAGACCACCUAGCGAUCUUACAGCGAAUCACAGAGUCGUAGGGUGGGAGGGACCUCGAGAGGUCAUCUAGUCCAGUCCCCUGCACUCACGGCAGGACUAAGUAUUAUCUAGACCAUCCCUGACAGGGGUUUGUCCAACCUAUGCUUAAAACCCUCCAGUGCCAGAGAAUAGUUACAGCUGGAAAAGACCUAUUGGUCAUUUUGCACAUUCCUAGCCAAUGCAGGGUCGGUCUCUACUCUGUAUGUUCUAGGAAUGUGUCCAGCCUAUUGUUAAACGUCUCCAGCGAUGGGUCUUCCCUCGCUCCCUUGUGAGGUCUGUGCACGCUCCAAUAGACACUAACUACUUCUCAUCUUGUAUAAAAGGACUUGGGUUUAGUUGCUAGUUUGUAGUUAGGAAAAGAGUCAUUUUAAAGUUAACAUUUGUCGUUCUCCGUGUGGCUAUCCUAGAAUCCUAGUCGUUAGAUUUGGAAAAGAACUAAUAAGUCUUCUAAUAAAAUCUAGUACUUCUCCCUGCCA